AUGUAUAAUAAAUUUUUAGCGACAUGUGUAAUAGUGGCAAAUCUGUGUUUUUGGGCGGAAUGCGGAAGGGUUAAAAGGGUGGUUGGGGGUGCAGAAGUUGAAUGUGGUACACAACCUCGAGUGGCGUCAUUGCAAAAUGUGUCUACACAUCAGCACCUAUGCGGAGCCUACAUUUUGACACCAGACUUUGCAAUAACAGCGGCUCAUUGUGUACGCCACCCGGCAGACCAGUACGAACUUCAGCUGCGAAAUUUCUGCUCAGAUCCUCCCACAGCCCGGGUGCUGGAGACAAUUGUGCAUGACCUUUAUGAUAAGCGUUCGGAUGCGCACGAUAUCGCUGUGCUACGGAUAUCACUCCAUUUAGACGAUGUAACCUGGCUAGAUGACGACAUGUUACCGGUCUCAUUUUUCGGGAUAUCAGGAGAGUGCUUUAUAUAUGGCUACGGUACAGAGGACCCCAACUCGACGGAGACAUCAAAGACUCUGCUGGCUGCAAAGGUUAACAUCGCGUCUUUGGAUUAUUGCACCCUAAUAUUAGGCCCUAUAGCUCCAAAUUACAAUGACGGCAUGAUGUGCGCCGUUGGAGAAGGUGCCGAUUCUUGCCAGGGUGAUUCGGGGAGCCCAAUGAUUUGUAACAAAGAAGUACAAGCCAUCAGCAGUUAUGGCCAGAGUUGUGGCGUGCCGUACUUACCAGGAGUGUACACUAGUGUUGGUGCGCAUUUAGGAUGGAUAAAAAAGGUUAUGGCCACACGGUAAAACCCUCGCUGUAGGAACAGAAAUUUUAUAGAGAUGACUAAUCAAAAUUAUUAUACUUUGCCAAAUAAAUAUACUACGUGAAAGUUGACAAAAUAGACUUGGAGAUUGGCCAAGUUGCAGAAUUUAAAAACUAACAUAAACAUUAAAGUUAUAUUGGAAGUUUAUCUAGACGCCACCAUCACCAGGAUCGAUAGUAAUUUGUUUACAUUUACUAGGAACAAUCUGUAGCAAAAAUAACAAAUGACUACCAAUAUCCGCUUUUUAUCUUCAUAUCGAUAGUUGUUGUAAUAUUUUUAUGUAUGUAAAGUAUGUAUCCAUUGUAGCAGUAAAUAUUUUUCAUUGUUUGAAAUUAUGAACAAUAGUAGGUAUUAAGAAAAACGAGAAAGAUACAUGUAAUCAUAAUUUAUUUUAACUAUGGACAACCAUUCUUAAAGUAUAACGCUACACAUAGGAAACAAUAGCUCAAUCUUGACAUUAUUUAUAUGUAUAACAACCUGAUAACAAAAAAUAACGUUAUUGAGUUUUUUUUUUUUUCAAAAUAUUGCACAUUAUAAUAGGGAAUAUAGAAAAUUGUAAAGAUGGCGGAGUCUACAAGGUACGGUCAGCAUCAAAAUUAUCUAAACUAACAAACUAAAAAUGUCUGUACAUAUAAUAAAGUGACUAAGUAUUUACUUUUGUAUAUCUUCUUAGUUUUGAACUAUUCAGAUCACCUUGACCUUGACUGUACACAUCCAUCAAUUUCUCUGUGAUAUGGAUAUGUUAAAAAUAUAACAGUUGAUAACGAACGUUUUUCUGUUUAUUUACUUUUAAGUUUCAUCAGUCGAUAAAUUAUCAGUGUUUUUUUGUGUUACGUAAAAAUUAAAGCCCAAAAUGGAAAUUAAGUAAAUUGGUCAGAAACAAAUAGCAAAGACUGGCAAUUUACAAAGGGUUUUAAAAGCUAAUGAGCGAACCUGAAGUCAAAAAUAAAAUUACAUAAAACAUCAGGGGGCCUACUAUGAGCUCUUAGAGCAAUCCUAUUUAAGCCUGUAAGUUGGAUUGCCUGUCAAAUUCGUACUAUGACCUCACAAAAACAAUUCACUGUCCAUGCAGUUUACGUUCCCCAUUCGAAAUUCGUUCACCUUUUCUUUCAUAGCAAAAUCGGAUCAUGACGUGUUAUUUGCCAUACAAAUGGCGGUCUCAUAUGUAAAAAUAAGCAAUUCAAAAAAAGUUACUCCGUGACUAACUUUUUUACAUUUUGUUACAUUUUUAAGAAAUUUCGUUUAAGUUUUAUUUUAUUUUCA